CUGGGGAAGGCUGGGGUCCGGCCCCGGGAGGGGGCGGGGCGCGCUUAAGAGCGGCGGGGCCGGGUGCGGACAGCCGAGGCUGCGCGCGCCGUGCCGGGUUCCCAGCAGCUCUCCGUCCGGGUCUUUUUUUCUGUGUCACCUCCUCCGAGGACCAGCAGGAUGGCUGCAAACAAGAGCAAGAGCCAGAGCUCCUUGGCGCUUCACAAGGUCAUCAUGGUGGGCAGCGGAGGCGUCGGCAAGUCAGCCCUGACGCUGCAGUUCAUGUACGACGAGUUUGUAGAAGACUACGAGCCUACCAAAGCCGACAGUUACCGAAAGAAAGUGGUUCUUGACGGAGAAGAAGUCCAGAUAGACAUUCUGGACACCGCUGGCCAGGAAGAUUAUGCGGCCAUUCGGGACAACUACUUCCGCAGUGGGGAAGGAUUUCUGCUGGUGUUUUCUAUCACGGAGCACGAGUCCUUCACUGCCACGGCCGAGUUCAGGGAACAGAUCCUCCGAGUCAAGGCUGAAGAAGAUAAAAUUCCCCUGCUGGUCGUGGGAAACAAGUCCGAUCUGGAGGAGCGGAGGCAGGUGCCUGUGGAGGAGGCCCGGAGCAAAGCGGAGGAGUGGGGCGUUCAGUACGUGGAGACGUCAGCAAAGACUCGUGCAAAUGUGGACAAGGUGUUCUUUGACCUAAUGAGAGAAAUCCGAGCCAAAAAAAUGUCAGAAAACAAAGACAAGAAUGGCAAGAAAAGCAGCAAGAGCAAGAAAAGUUUUAAAGAAAGAUGCUGCUUGCUGUGAAAGCCAGGCGGUGAUGAACUCCCUUGGCACUGAGGACAUAGGGCUGUGCCCAAAACCAGGGGGCUGGAGGUAGUUCCGGGCCCUUCCUGCUCUCCCCAGCCUUAUUCACCUGCACUUCUUUAAAUGGGGACAGAUAGUUGUGAAUUGUGGCUGGCAGAAGACUAACCCUUAUCCAGGCAGUGGCUCUACUGCUGGCAGGAGCUUUGAUGUCUCCCUCCCCACCCCCAAUAGCUUAGGUAUAUACUGCUGGAAGAGGACGUAGUCAAGUGGUGAUUAGGAAGAAAAAGUGUUUCUCAUAGAAUAUUAAUCCUUCCCUAGCAUUAGAACAUUAUCUGCCAUCGUUUCCCCCCAGGUAAAAAUGUCUUAUUUCAUAGCCGGGCGUGGUGGUGCAUGCCUUUAAUCCCAGCACUCGGGAGGCAGAGGUAGGAGGAUCGCUGUGAGUUCGAGGCCACCCUGAGACUCCAUAGUGAAUUCCAGGUCAGCCUGGGCUAU